GUCGUCUUCUGUGUCACGACUAUCCAUAGCAACGUGCAUGUGAUGUGUGAUAUUUCUACUGCUCUAUAACUAAACAUGAUUUGGAGUGUCAGUUAUUUCCUUGUAAUAUUGACCGUUAUAAAUACACUCGAUGGCAAAGCUGUUGACUCGAUAAACAAUCAGAAAAGAGGAUUAUACUUUGGUCAUAUGAUAUCAUGUGAAACUGGGCGCAGUGCUGUCGAUUACCUGGACUAUGGUUGUUUCUGUGGUUUGGGUGGAAGAGGGACACCUGUGGAUGAACUUGACACAUGCUGCCACACACACGAUCAGUGUUACGGAGAUCUUCUGGACAGCGUGUGCAGUUUAUCACAUUCAAUAUAUUCCAUCACUUACAAGUAUCAUGGAUGUUCUGAUUGUGCUGAGCCUCAUGAGUACAGUUGGUGGGAUAGUUUUGGUUACGAGUCAGUCGCUUGUCGCAAAGCAUUGUGUGAUUGUGACGCUGCUGCUGCCAAAUGUUUCAAGAAAUCACAUUUUAACGACGAAUUUAAACAUUAUGAUUAUGAUAAAUGCUAGCUAGAUACAUGUGAUUUGUGAAUGCUUGAUGUUUGAAAUUA